AUGAGACCACUUACGGAAGAAGAAUCCAAAACAUUUUUCGAGAAGUUAUCAAAGUAUAUUGGAAGGAACAUUGUUCACCUAGUCGAUAGACCAGAUGGAAAUUAUUGCUUCAGAUUACAUAAAGAAAGAGUGUAUUAUGUCAGUGAAUCUAUAAUGCGACGAGCAACAAGCGUUGGACGAGAUCUAUUAAUUUCGCUUGGAGUAUGUUUCGGCAAAUUCACAAAGACACGCAAGUUUAAAUUGCAUAUAACAGCGCUUGAUUAUUUGGCUCAGUAUGCCAAGCACAAAGUAUGGAUAAAACCCAACGGAGAAAUGUCUUUUCUAUAUGGCAAUCACGUUCUCAAGGCUCAUGUUGGUCGGAUAACGGAAAACACGCCCGAGCACCAAGGUGUCGUUAUUUACUCUAUGGCAGAUGUGCCAUUGGGAUUUGGCGUGACAGCACGGAAUACAAUAGACAUACGGAAACUUCAACCAACAGAUAUUGUUGUUUUUCAUCAGGCGGACGUUGGAGAGUAUUUGCGAGACGAGGAUUCGAUGUUUUAG